UGGAUAGAUAGCAGCAAUGGCUUUCGCUCUUCAUCAUUUUCUUUUACCUGUCAUCUUGUUGGGAUUUGUCUCUGUGUCCUUAUCCGAGGGUCCAUUCCCUCCAUCUCACCACAAUGAAAAGCCUCCACCAGAAUCUCGCCCUCCUACGCUUCCACUGCCACUUCACAAGCCAGAACCACGCUAUCCUUCUCCCUUUGUUCCGAAGCCUCCACCACUUCAUAAGCCCCCAUUUGAAGGGAAAACUCCCAUGAAAGAUGCUCGCCCUCCUACACUUCCAAAGCCACAACCACAACCACACCACCCUGCUCCUUUUAUUCCAAAGCCACCUCCCCUUCACAAGCCCCCAUUUGAAGGAAAACCUCCCAUGAAAGAUGGUCACCCUCCCACGCUCCCAAAGCCACAGCCACACCACCCUUCUCCCUUUGUUGCAAAGCCACCACCCUUUCACAAGCCUCCAUUUGAAAAGAAACCUCCCAUGAAAGAUGGCCACUACUCUUCUCUUGCUGGUGCUCAUGAAUCUCCCCCCCUUCCCAAAGUCAAACCACCUGUCAUUCCCAAGCCUCCACCAGUGCAUGGAAAGGUACCUCCUCAUAACGUCAAUGAGUACUCCACUUCUUUCUCCCAUGAAAAGCCUCAUCCUCCAUUUCACAAGCCAGGUUCACCCAUCUUCAAUCCCCAUGGCCAACCCCAUCCUCCCUUGAAGAAAUCUCCUCCCAAGCCAGUAGUAAAGCCUCCACCAAAGAAAGGGCACUACAAUCCUCCUCUGAUGCAUUAGUCUCCUCCACCUCAUCCUACUCAUUAGAUAUUUUAUAAGCCUUUAGAUCAUAACUAAAGGAUAGCUGGUCUAAAUUCUACUGAAGAAUAAUACUAGUAAUAGAUUUUGGUUGCGCCGAUGAGAAAGAUUCUGGGAGACAUGAACUCUUUACUCAGAAAUGUUGUUAUCGGUGAACUUCAGAAGCAGCGGCUUCUAUAGAUAUUAUCGUAUUGUAAUGUUAUAUAUAGUUUUAUAUAAUAGUAAUGAAUCGUGUUCGAUUCAUGUUAGCUAUAUUCGUUACUCUAUACGGUUUUUGACAACUACACUUUCUUUUGUUGACAAGUUAAUCUUCUCUAUAUUUUAUUUUUCAUUUACGUUUCACUUACGAAUAAAAAUAUAUUUGAUGGAUAUUUUGAUUA